AUGUCAGGGGACAUGGAUGACACCGAGCAGGGCUACACACAUAUCAGUGUUCAGAAGUUAUGCUACAAAUGGACCAUCAGCAAUUUUUCACUUUGCAUGAAUGAACGUAGGGAAAAUAUCACAAGCCCAGUGUUCUCAUUAGAGGCCAGUGAUGAAGUGGCAUGGUGUUUAAGACUACACCCGAAUGGGGUUGACGAACAAAGCGAAGAUUAUAUGUCAGUUUACCUGGGGUUGCUCAGCUGUCCAGGGCGCUAUGUUUGGGCAAAUUUUGAGUUCUGGAUCAUAAAUUCCCAAGGAGAGAAAUAUAAAAAUAAGAAGAACAGAACUGUCUCUCGCUUUUGGCAAAGCCAAUACAAAGGAUUCAAAAAGUUCAUCCUUAAAGAUUUCGUCUUCUCCAAUCGACGUUUGUUCCUCCCUGAAGACCAGUUCACCCUCUGCUGCAAGGUGAGCAUGGGAGGAGCCUUCUUUAGCAUUUCUGGACAGAAUAUGGCCCCUGCAAUCCAGGAUCAAAGGCACAUGUUGGCAGAUGACCUAGGGAAGCUGUGGGAGAAUUCCCUCUUCACAGACUGCUCCCUGUUGGUAGGUGGCCAUGAAUUCAGGGCUCACAAGGCCAUCCUAGCAGCUCGCUCUCCAGUUUUCAGAGCCAUGUUUGAACGUGAAAUGAAGGAGAGCCUAACAAACCGAGUUGAAAUCCAUGACUUAGAUCCCCAAGUCUUCAAGGAGCUGAUGGGCUUCAUUUACACAGAGAAGGCACCACACCUCCACAGCCACUCCUUGGCUGCUGGUGUGCUGAUAGCUGCUGACAAGUAUGGCCUGGAGGGCUUGAUGGUCAUGUGUGAGGAGGCCCUCUGCAGGAACCUCUCUGUGGAGAAUGCUGCACACACUCUCAUCCUAGCUGACCUCCACAGCACAAAGCAGCUGAAGACUGACACCCUGGAUUUCAUUGAACUUCAUGCUUCUGAGGUCUUUGAGACCUCGGAGUGGAAGUCAAUGGUGGAAACACAUCCCCACUUGGAGGCUGAAACAUUCCAGUUUCUGCGUUCUGCCACAGUGUUUCUGGAGCCAUCACUCAAACACCUAAAAUGA